AAAUUACCCAGCAUGCAACUUUCUACUCCAUCUUGAUUCUUUUUGGAUACCGUACACAAAUCAACUAGCAAGAUGAAGUUGAAAAGAUUUCUCCUUCGUUAUUAUCCACCAGGAAUUAUUUUAGAAUAUGAACAAGGAGGGAACUUAAAAACAAAAUCAAUCGACCUUUUAGAUUUAAAACCAGAAACAGAUGUUGAUGCUGUAGUAGAUGAGAUCUCCAGGAAAGAACCAUUAAUAACAGCUUCCAAAGCAGAUCAAGUUAGAAAACUCAUACAGAGACUUCAAGAAAAAUUAGCACAAAAAGAUGAUCAUCACUUCUACUUAUUUAAGGUGCUGAGAGCCCAUAUCUUACCAUUAACCAAUGUAGGAUUUAAUAAGUCAGGGUCAAGUUUUAUAACAGGAAGUUAUGAUAGGACGUGUAAAGUAUGGGACACAGCAUCAGGGGAAGAACUUCAUACAUUAGAAGGCCACAAAAAUGUAGUGUAUGCCAUAGCAUUUAAUAAUCCUUAUGGAGAUAAAAUUGCCACAGGUUCAUUUGACAAGACUUGUAAACUUUGGAGUUCAGAAACAGGCAAAUGUUAUCAUACAUAUAGAGGUCAUUCUGCUGAAAUUGUUUGUUUAAGUUUUAAUCCACAGAGUUCUAUAAUAGCCACUGGUAGUAUGGAUACAACGGCUAAAUUAUGGGAUGUUCAGACUGGAAGUGAAUUAGUCACUCUUAGUGGACAUUCUGCAGAAAUCAUAUCCUUGUCUUUUAACUCAACUGGUUCACAACUUAUAACAGGAUCAUUUGACCAUACAGUAUCUGUUUGGGAUGUCAAAUCUGGAAAACGAAUUCAUACAUUAAUUGGUCACAAAGCUGAGAUCAGUAGUGCCCAGUUUAAUUGGGACUGUUCAUUAAUAGCAACAGGGUCUAUGGAUAAAACGUGUAAAAUUUGGGACACUCCAUCUGGUCGAUGUAUAGGAACUUUAAGAGGACAUGAUGAUGAAGUAUUAGAUGUUGCCUUUGAUUAUACUGGUCAGAUGUUAUUAACAGCAUCAGCGGAUGGAACAGCACGAUGUUAUAAUGCUGUCACUCAUCAGUUAAUAUCAAAGUUUGAAGGUCAUGAAGGAGAAAUAUCUAAGAUAACAUUUAAUCCACAAGGAACGUCAGUAUUAACAGCCAGUUCAGAUAAGACAGCUAGACUAUGGGACCCAGAGAAUGGAUCGUGUAAACAAAUUUUAGAAGGGCAUACAGAUGAAAUAUUUAGUUGUGCAUUCAAUUAUGAAGGAAAUACAAUAAUUACAGGUAGCAAAGAUAAUACAUGUCGGAUAUGGAGAUGAUGUUCAUUGAUUUCAUAAAGAAUUAAUAUCGGAUUGUGUUCAUACCUUGAAAAGGAGUUAUAAAAGACGUAAAGAAAAUCCUGGAAGCGUAAUGUACUGGUUGCAUAGCAACAAAAUUAAUGGUAAAAAAAUCUUGUAUUUUAUAAAGAAAAAACAUGUUUUAUUUGUUUGUGCAUCAAAUGUUAUUUACACAACUAAAAAUCCAUUUACUUAAGUAUUUAUUUGUACAUGGUUCGGAUAUUUUUAAGUAUUAUUACAAAGUAUUUUUUGUGAACAUAAACACUGGUUCUUUUUUCUAUUUCUUAGUCAAGACGUAUAAGCAUAUGUAUAAAACAGUGUGACUUUACCUUGAAGAUGUAGUACUGUUUUAAACUUUGAUAAGAAAUUAAAACAGCUGUUUAUAUUUUAUCAAUUUCAUAAUAAAUUAUAUUGUGCUAAAAUCGUGUAAGUUACAUAUUAAGAUUGGAUAAAAAUAAAAAAAUGGUAUGCAUUUAUGAUUAUCACAUGCAUGUGUUAUUGAAACUGUUAACCACUAUUAUAAUCAAAAAUAUUUUGAAAACAAGUUUUAGUUACCAAAACAUUGGUUUUUUCACAAUUAUAAAAAUUUCUAAAAUAUAAUUUGAUUGCAGUUAUCAUUUUGAUGGUAAGAUUGGAAGGCAAAACGUGAAAACCAAACAGUGUAACAUAGUUUAGAACUAUAUAGCACCUGUUAUGGUUAGUUAGGUUUUGCUUUUACCACUGUAGAAACUAGAAAUUAUACAAAUUUUAGCAUUCAUGAGUUUAAAAAAAAACUAUUUUUUUCACAGACAGUAUUUCAGUGUUAACCUUUCACCUGAAAUAAACCAGUAAAUUAAAUUACAUAACACUUGAGUCAUAUUAUUAUAUUGUAGUCUUAAGUUUAAGAUGGUAAAGGCCUGUUGUUUGUCUAUUGAGUAAGUUCUAUUGUAUUCAUACACCAAUUUCAAGUUUGUCUUCUAUGGAUGAAAUAAAACUUUCCACUUUUGAUUUUUUGCAUUAGAAAAUAAUCAUAUUACAUCCCAUGCAUAAAUUUGAAUAAGGUUGACCUGUGCAAAAUUGUGGUAGUUGUAGUAAAAGCGGAGAUGAAAUUGGCGUGUUGAAUAAAAUUUGUUUUUGUUGUGAGCUAUUUUCUUUUCCAUUGGAUUUAUUUUUUUAUUUAAUAUAUAAGAAAGAUUUUUAAAAUAAUGUUUGUACAAAUAAAAUCAUAUAUUUAUUAUAUUGUGUCCGUCCUUCAAUUAUCUGAAAGUGCUAUUUACAAUUAGGUCCGUCCAAGGAAUGGAUUUAUAUUCCAUAAAUGAGUUAUUUUAAAUGAAGAAGAUUCCAAAAAUUGCUUAUAUUUAUUGAAGAACAUUCCAGAUAUACAUUAUAAACAAUGCAAAACAUUACAUUAUUGUCACAUAUUUGAUAAAACAUUUCAUUUUGUCUUAUAUUGUACAAAAACAUUCCAUUUUUUUUUUAUUUGAGUGGAGUUUAUGUCAGAAAUUUCUUAUGUGUCAGAGAAGAAGAGACAUUCCAGAAAUCUUAUUUAUUCCAGUAUUAAACCAAACCCUUCUGGACACCUCUUAAUUUAUAUAUUUUUUAGAAGUAGCAAGUUACUGGUAUAUAAGAUGGUAAUUGACAAAUGUUUAGAAUGUAUGCAGUGAACUUCAAAUACUUAAAAGAUACAAUACAUUUUUCUAGAAAAUAUAAUGCUGUUUCAGGACUGAUAGCAUGAAACACUAAUUUAAGUUUGAGUUAGUACAUUUUAUGUAAUAAUAUAACUUUUCAGAAACCUUACCCCAAAAGGAUCAAAUUUGGGUUACCUUAACUGUUGGUUGAUAUGCACAUUCCAUUACUUUUUCUAUGAUUAUAGACAUAAUUUUCUGUUUAUAACUUCAUCUUAUUGCUAAUAUUCCAAAUGUCAAUUACAGGAGAAAAAAUUGGGGGCAUCGAUUUUACUUUUUUUCUGUGUUUAUGAUCAACAUGUCAAAUUUUCAAAUCAUAUGAACAAUUGUUAUGUUUUUACAUUUUAUUAGUUUCGGAACAUUUUUUCCACCAAAAAUAUAAUAAGUAUUUUAUUGUAGUAUGGUUUGAUUUUAACGGGAUUUCAGUUCUAAUAUUUGUAUACUUGACAAUAGAAAAUAAGAUAUCUUAAAAGGUGUUAAAAUGGUACAAUGGUAGUUAAUAAUUAUAUAUUAAAGCAAACAUAAAUGUUUAUUUAUAUCCUAUUUUUACUUAGUAAUUAUGUGUUGCAAUAUUUUGUAUUGUUUGUAAAUGCUUGACAGAUCAGUUUUUGCUUGUGUGUAUUGUUUUGAAAAUAAGGUUGUGUUGUACAAUCAUGCAAAAUCUUUGAACUUGUGCAAAUUAGUUUUAUCCUGAAUUAAAUUAUGGAAAAGUUU